AUGUGUCGGUCUACCACCCUAGGUGGCGGACCUACCAGUCAUGGGUCUACCACCCAAGGUGGCGGACCUACCAGUCAUGGGUCUACCACCCAAGGUGGCGGACCAACCAGUCAUGGGUCUACCACCCAAGGUGGCGGACCUACCAGUCAUGGGUCUACCACCCAAGGUGGCGGACCUACCAGUCAUGGGUCUACCACCCUAGGUUGCAGACCUACCAGUCAUGGAUCUACCACCCUAGGUGGCGGACCUACCAGUCAUGGGUCUACCACCCAAGGUGGCGGACCUACCAGUCAUGGGUCUACCACCCAAGGUGGCGGACCUACCAGUCAUGGGUCUACCACCCAAGGUGGCGGACCUACCAGUCAUGGGUCUACCACCCUAGGUGGCGGACCUACCAGUCAUGGGUCUACCACCCUAGGUGGCGGACCUACCAGUCAUGGGUCUACCACCCUAGGUGGCGGACCUACCAGUCAUGGGUCUACCACCCUAGGUUGCGGACCUACCAGUCAUGGGUCUACCACCCUAGGUUGCGGACCUACCAGUCAUGGGUCUACCACCCUAGGUUGCGGACCUACCAGUCAUGGGUCUACCACCCUAGGUUGCGGACCUACCAGUCAUGGGUCUACCACCCUAGGUUGCGGACCUACCAGUCAUGGGUCUACCACCCAAGGUUGCGGACCUACCAGUCAUGGGUCUACAGUCACCCAAGGUGGCGGACCUACCAGUCAUGGGUCUACCACCCUAGGUGGCGGACCUACCAGUCAUGGGUCUACCACCCAAGGUGGCGGACCUACCAGUCAUGGGUCUACCACCCAAGGUGGCGGACCUACCAGUCAUGGGUCUACUACCCAAGGUGGCGGACCUACCAGUCAUGGGUCUACCACCCAAGGUGGCGGACCUACCAGUCAUGGGUCUACAAGGUGGCGGACCCAGUCAGGUGGCGGACCUACCAGUCAUGGGUCUACUACCCAAGGUGGCGGACCUACCAGUCAUGGGUCUACUACCCAAGGUGGCGGACCUACCAGUCAUGGGUCUACUACCCAAGGUGGCGGACCUACCAGUCAUGGGUCUACUACCCAAGGUGGCGGACCUACCAGUCAUGGGUCUACUACCCAAGGUGGCGGACCUACCAGUCAUGGGUCUACUACCCAAGGUGGCAGACCUACCAGUCAUGGGUCUACCCUAGGUGGCAGACCUAGGAUAGGCCCGUGCCAGGAACUACCAUAG